AUGACGGUGACGGAUCGCGCGAUUAGUUACAUCCAGUACUUCAAAGACCAGGUGGAGGAGGCGAUGGAGAACAAGGCAGGGUUGUUACAGUGCAUAACAUCGGCGCGCGGGGGACAGGCGUCGCUGAACGGCGCGGAGUUCAUGAACGAUACGUUCAUCAAUACGAUGCCGACGGGGGAGGAGGUGGGUAUGUAUUUUGCGGUGUUAUGGAGUCGGGAUGGGAUCAAGACGAUUCGUGGCGAUUUGUUCGGAGGGGGGCGUAUCCGCGUAGAGGGGUUGAGCGAGACGCAGACGAGUCGGCGAAAUGAGACCAAUUGCGCAACGUUCUUCCGUCGCGCAGCGGAAACACUGGGUCGAAAUCUACCGCCUAAUGCGACCCUGAAUGAAAUGCUACCGGUCGCGGUCGUAGCCUCUUUGCCCGUGUGUAGUACAAGCGUCAAGUCGGCCAUGGUUUACGCACCCGAUCACCCGAUCAACGGCCUCGACAUUACGACAGUGCUCGAUCUCGCUCUCGAAGACUGCCUCUUGCCCGUCAAGUGUGUGGGAGUCUGUAACGAUGCCGUUGCCAGCUUACUCGCUUCCUGGUACCAACGCAAUACCCUAGACCAGAACUCCAACCAUAAUGUAAACAUCAACCACCACGCAAACGCUGACGCUAAUGGCAAGCACACUAGGGAGAACCAACAACGUCACGAAGGACAACAACGUCACGAAGGGCAACAACGUCACGAAGGACAGCAGCGUCAUGAGGAACAGCAGCGUCACGAAGGGCAGCGGCGUCAUGAGGAACAGCAGCGUCACGAAGGGCAGCGGCGUCACGAAGGGCAGCGGCGCCGGAGCCAGCACGAAAAAGAGCGUACGCGGGGUGCGGACAUUGCGGUGUUAAUCGACCCGGGGUUCAAUGUGUCUUUGAAGGAUCCGAACCCCGGUUCUCGCGGCUGCGUAAUCAAUACUGAGAUCGGCCGGUAUUCGAUUGAGGAUCGUUAUCUGACGGACCUGGACUACAUUGAUGCGUAUGAGACGAACCCGAAGAGCGCUAGUGCGACCCUGGAGCACAUGAUAGUGCACAUUGGAGAGGUUUUCAGGCUGGCCAUUCGGUUUGUCUGGCAAGAAAGUUCGCCGAUUUCAGUCCGUCGGCGGGGUGUUAUUAGCAACAAGGAGGCGUUGCGAAUAGCUAGCGAGACGGGCAAUUUUGAGUACAGCCGUAGCUUCUGUAGCAAGCGAUUGCAUUGGGAAACGACCAAAACUGACCGGAAGCUGCUGCAGUCUUUGGCGCUGGGUGCAGCCCAGCGGUCAGCUGCAUAUUUCAGCUGCACACUCGUGGCCCUACUUUCUUAUCUGCAAAUGGAUUGUCAGCUGAACCGCCAGAUCUACAUCACUGUCGACAGUUCGUGGGAUGGGUGGUGGCUCAAUUUCGUUAACCAUCUGCUCUCGCGCACAUCCUACUUCCGGCAGUCCGUGGGCGUAGGUAAAUUGCGGCUGCACCAAGUCACGGAUUCUGUGCGCAAAGGAGCGGCCGUUUUCGCUGCAAGGCGAGAGAUUUUUCAGGAAAAGUGCUGA